AUAUUUUUAUCACAGUUUACCUUGUGCUGGUAAAAUUGUCUUUGUGAAGCGAAUCACCACUUUGAUUUAUUGCAGUUCUAUAAGAUAACACCACACAAUAGAUUCAUUUUGAUCAUCUGGGACUGUAAUGGUACAUUUUAAAAAAGGAGCCAUAGAUUAAAAAAACAUUCAGCCGCCCUGGACGCUUGGGGUUUUUGUUGUCUUGCUGGCAAAAACAUUGCACAGUAUUCAUUUUUCAUCUUUUUUUUUUUUUUUUUCAUCUCACUGCUCUGAUUUUUUUUUGCCGGGAGAUCUUAUCGCUGCUCUCCUCAGUGCAUCCUAAUGAGGUCUGAGUCAGCAGGGUGUAUUCUGCUCCAGCAUGGCAGAGGGGACAGUGAGGAAUAUUUGUGGCACGCAGCUGGCAUUUCAUAGCGCCUCCAAAUGUUACACAGGAAAAAUGAGCUGUCAUCCUUCUAGCAAUAUACAAGAGGGCGCUGUGUCGUCCUGCACUGUUUGGCCUUUAGUCAAUAUGACACAGUAGAGGACAACGUUGACUUGAUUCAUUACAGAUGAAGACAGUUUUUGUUAAGUCACAGAAGCUGAAAGUGUCUCUAAAAUCAGCAACAGUGGCGACAGGACAAUGAAAUACUAGGGAAAACAAGGGAAAACUGUGGAUGUUUCUGAGUUUGUAAAAUGCUGCCAUCUACAGGAUCUGUUGGGAAUUCACAAUAAUAUACAAUGGAUGGAUCUACAAGAAACCAGAGGGGUUUUGACUAUUUUAGUAUUAUUUUGGUUUCCGUUGUAAUUCUUUAUGAAUUUCUUUUAUAUCAUAUCAGUCAGUUAACACGUAUCUGAAGUGUGUGACUCUGGUUCCGGGUCAUUAGGUUUUGACAAUUUGCACAUUAUCCUAGAGAUCUACAUUCUACCAGACAUUAAAGAAAGUUGUUUAAAAAAGAAAGGAAAACAUGAAAGACAGAAAAUAGUUAAAAUUCACUUUUUGGUAACCCAAGGAAAAAUUCCAAACUGCCACAAAUGUCCCAAAAAUGUUUAAAUUUUUGUUUUAUAGUGAAACAUCACCAAUGUUGUAAAUAAAGAUGAAGGUAUGGGCCAAAAAUAAAAUGAGGGUUUAAAUGGUUUGGGAAACUUGAAAAUAGGCCUUUAUGUUUGUGCAAAUCUUAGGCUACUAAAAUUGUGAAGAAAAAAUAAAAUUGAUCAAAUUUUGAUUGUAAAUGUUUAUAAUAAUAAUAAUAAAUAAUUGGGUCUUGAUUUUGUUAACAAAAUGGUGCUGAGUCUCUGGCUCUAUUAGAAACAUCAAAAACUGGAAAACAGCUGACUGUGAAAAAUAAUCUAUGAUCUAUUUUAAUUGUCUGUUAAACUCAUCUCUGGAUGAUAAGUUGAUUUUAAAGUUGUUUUUCGCAGAACAUUUUCAGUCUCUCUGACAGAGCCUGGGCUGGCUCUGGUCUACUGUACAAGUGGCAGAGAACUCUUGGAAAAUACAUUGCUGUAGCAGGGUGAGUAAACUGCAGUGGAACAGAAUAUAACUUAAUGAAACCUUAACUACAUUUUGCUGCUUGAUUUCCACUUGUUUAAACACGAGAAGCUAAAAUUCACCUUGUUUGUUUAACCCAGGCAGGACAACUCAGUGAAAAUCUUCGAUCAAAAUGGAACGUUGAAGACUAGGCUGGAUCUGCCAGGACGCUGUGUGGGAAUGGACUGGGACAAAGACGGAGGCAUUCUGGCUGCGAUAGCUGCAAAGUCGAGUUUUAUUUUAUUCUGGAAUGCCUUCCAUAAUGAAACGUUCCAGAUAGACAGUGGUAUGAGGGAACAGAUGUCCUUCAUCCUCUGGUCAAAGACCAGCCCAGUGUUGGCAGUCGGAACAGUCAAAGGAAACCUGCUGAUCUACAAUCAUCAGUCCCUGUAUAAAAUCCCAAUACUGGGCAAACACACCAAAAAGAUCAGCUGUGGAUGUUGGAGUGCUCAAAAUCUAUUGGCUCUUGGAAGUGAUGAUAACACCGUGAGCAUCAGCAACGAGGACGGAAACACCAUCAGGCAGACAACACUCCGUGGGAAACCUUCUGACAUGUGUUUUUCAAUGAUGAAGACAACAGAAGGGUCUCCAAAGGAAGACAGUACUUUGAGUCUGUCUGUGGACAAGAAGAUACUGAUGCUCUUUAAUGUCCAUGACCUCGACAACCGAAUUGAACUGACCUUCCAAUGUCAUUAUGGAGACAUCGUGUCAUACAGCUGGUAUGGUGAUGGAUACCUUCUCAUUGGAUUCUCCCAUGGCUACUUUGUGGUUGUUUCCACUGACAUCAGAGAGAUCGGAGAAGAGCUCUACCAGGCCCGUUGUCAUGAAGACCACCUGAAGAGUAUGGCUAUUUCAGUAGCCCUGAACAAAGCUGCCUCUUGUGGAGACAACUGCCUGAAAUUCCACGACCUCUCUGAGCUCAGUGAUGUUAGCAACGACAUUGGAUUAAAUGAGACUGAGGGUCUGGACCUGCUGAGCUGGACGGAUGAUGGACAGUUGUUGGCCAUCUCGACACAGAAAGGGACACUCCAUGUCUUCCUAUCCAAACCUCCUAUCCCAGGGGACAGCUGUGGUACACGGCUGGUGUAUGUCAGCUCUUCCCUGGAGGUCACCGUCUGCAACCAGGUGGAAGGAGAAUCCCCUGUGGUUAUAGAAGUGGAUGUUGAACCUUCAUUCAUAGCAGCAGGACCAGAUCACAUUGCCGUGGGGAUGAACAACAGAGCAUGGUUUUAUGCAUUAGUUGAACAAGAACAUGGUUUUUCCAAAUUAGGCGCUUUUGAGUAUUUAGGAACUGUGUCUCACAUGUGCCUCAACUCAGACUAUGCAGCAGCGCUGUUUGAGGGAAAAGUGCAGCUGCACAUGUUUGAUGAUGGAAACCCUGAGGAGAAGAAGUCAACGAAGCUGUUUCCAGAGGAUGAAAGAAAAGGCAGCAUCCUCUGCCAUGCCCUCACCGCUGACUUCCUGUACUACGGCACUGAUUCAGGUGAUGUGGAAUGUGUCUUGGUGGAGGACUGUGGACCUGUGAGCAGCUACAGCCACUGUGUCGGUGUGAGGAGACUCUUCCCUGACCUGAACGGCACAUGGCUGGUCUUCAUCGAUGAAAGGAACAGUGGCUUUUUGCUCUGCCCUGCGAAUGUGAAGGACUCCUGCUUUGAGCUCCCUAACUUCUCCCCCACCAUCACAGGAGUGCUGUGGGACAACUGGCCCACUGACAGAGGAGUGUUUGUAGCUUAUGACAAUGACAAGAUCUACACUUAUGCCCUGCAUAAAACCACUAUAUAUGGUCCUCAAGUCGUUAUGGUCGGCAGCACUCCGCUUUUGUUUUCCCAGAAGCCUUUGCUCUUGUACAAUGGUGAUGUGAUUUGUCAGACAGCAAGUGGCAAGAUUAUCCAACUUGCUUUAAGCACACACUUCUUCAUGAAGCGCUCUAAUGGCACAACAACAAAUUCACAACCAGGGCUCAGUCUGCAGCUCAGCCAGGCUCUAAUGCUAAAGAGGUUUCAUGAAGCUCUGGAUCUGUGUAAAUCUACAGGAAGUGAUGAAGACUGGGCAGAGUUAGGUAAAGCCUGCCUCGUCCAUAUGGAGGUUGAACUGGCCAUUCAGGUCUACCGCAUCAGUGGUAAUGUGGGUAUGGUGCUGUCCCUGCAGAGCAUAGAGGGCACAGAAGACAGGGAUUUACUGGCAGGACAUUUAGCCAUGUUUAAAUGUGACUACAACCUUGCAGAGAAUCUCUAUUUGUCCUCUAGCCGCCCGUCUGCUGCACUGGAGAUGAGGAAGGACCUGCUGCACUGGGACAGUGCUCUGUCUUUAGCAGAGAGACUGGCAGAGGAUCAGAUCCCUUUUAUAUGCAAAGACUAUGCUGUCCACCUGGAGUUUAUUGGAGACUAUGUGAAUGCACUCACUCACUAUGAAAAAGGCGUUACCCACAACGAGGAAUUCCAGGAGCAUGAUGAAGCAUGUCAAGGAGGUGUAGCCAGGAUGUCCAUCAGGAUGGGUGACAUCAGGAGAGGAGCCACACAAGCUAUUCAGCAUCCAAGCAGAAUCCUCAAGAAGGAAUGUGGAGCCAUACUAGAGAGUAUGAAGCAAUUUCCUGAAGCGGCUCAACUUUACGAGGAAGGACAGUAUUGUGAUGAGGCUGCGUCUGCGUACAUUCGUUGUAAAAACUGGGCUAAAGUGAGAGAGCUCCUCCCACGUGUUUCCUCGCCCAAAAUCCACCCACAGUAUGCCAAAGCCAUCGAAGCAGACGGCAGAUACAAAGAUGCAGCCCAGGCCUUUGAGAGCGCCAAAGACUGGGAGAACAUGAUCCGUGUGCUGCUGGACCACCUGAACAACCCAGAGGAGGCUGUUCAGAUCGUGAAGGAGACGCAGAGCAUCAGUGGAGCCAAGAUGGUAGCAAGUUUCUUCCUGCAGUUGAAAGACUACCCCACGGCCUUUAGUUUCCUGCUUCUGUCCAAGUCCAAAGAAGAAGCCUUCCAGCUGGCACAGCAGCACGGACAGAUGGAGGUCUAUGCAGACAUUAUUGACUCUGAGGCCACUGUGGAGGAUUACCAGAGCAUUGCUCUCUACUUUGAGAGGGAGAAAAAACAUCUGCAGGCUGGGAAGUUCUUUCAGAAGUGUGGACGGUACAGCAGAGCCCUUAAACACUACCUUACGUGUCCAAACAUAGAUGACAGCCUGGCAGUGGAGAUGGCUGUUGAGACGGUGGGUCAAGCCAAAGACAGCUCUCUGACCAACCAGCUGAUAAAUUACCUCAUUGGGGAGACUGAUGGUAUACCUAAGGAUGUCAAAUACCUUUUCCGUCUUUAUAUGGCGCUGCAGCAGUACAAGGAGGCGGCUCAAACUGCCGUCAUCAUUGCCAGAGAAGCACAGUUUGCUGGGAACUACCGUAACGCCCAUGAUCUGUUGUUUAGCAUGUAUAUGGAGCUCCAGAGCCAGAAGAUAAAGAUCCCUGCCGAGAUGGCCACAAAUCUGAUGAUCCUUCACUCCUUUCUGCUUGGACAGAUACAUGUCAAAAAGGGAGACCACCUGAAAGGGGCACGCAUGCUCAUACGUGUCAGCAACAACAUCGACAUGUUUCCAACACAUACCGUUCCCAUUCUGACUUCAGCAGUCAUUGAAUGUCAUCGUGCCGGACUGAGGAAUUCUGCCUUCAACUUUGGUGUAAUGCUGAUGAGACCAGAGUACCGACAAAAGAUUGACCCAAAGUACAAGAAAAAAAUUGAGACUAUGGUUCGACGUCCAGACACGUCAGAGCUGGAGGAGGGGACAACUCCAUGUCCUUUCUGUACCUUCCAUCUACCACAGACUGAACUUCUUUGUAGUUCUUGCGGAAACAACCUGCCUUACUGCAUUGCCACGGGCCGCCACAUGCUGACAGAAGACUGGUCUGUUUGUCCUCACUGUGAAUUUCCUGCUCUCUACUCGCAGUUUACGCUGCUGCUGGAGACAGAAUCAGUGUGUCCUAUGUGCUCUGAGAGCCUGAAUGUCAAACAGGUGAAGAAGAUCUUAGAUUGUUCUCCAUAUCUGAUGACUGAUCAAUAACAACUAUAAUGAUAAAGACAAAGUCAAGUUCUGCACUGGUAAUUUAACUAGUAAAUAGUAAAUAAUAAAUGGUACAAAUGCAGUAUAAACUCUGGCUAUAGCAACAAAGUAACAACAUGCUGUGGCAUUU